CUCCCCGCGCGCGGCCCGGCUCGCCCCCAGCCGUGCCCCCGCGGGCCGGCGGCGCGGCGAUGGGCGCGGAGCUGUGAGGGCGGCGUCGAGCCGGGGCCAUGGGGAACAUCUCCUCCAACAUCUCUGCCUUCCAGUCCCUGCACAUCGUCAUGCUCGGUCUGGACUCAGCAGGAAAAACCACAGUGCUUUACCGGUUGAAGUUCAACGAGUUCGUCAACACCGUGCCCACCAUCGGUUUCAACACGGAGAAGAUCCGUUUGAGCAACGGGACGGCCAAGGGCAUUAGCUGCCACUUUUGGGAUGUGGGUGGUCAGGAGAAGCUGCGCCCGCUCUGGAAGUCCUACAGCCGCUGCACCGAUGGCAUUAUCUAUGUGGUGGACUCAGUGGACGUGGAUCGGCUGGAGGAGGCCAAAACAGAGCUGCAUAAGGUGACUAAGUUCGCCGAGAACCAGGGCACCCCGCUGCUGGUCAUCGCCAACAAACAAGACCUGCCCAAGUCCUUGCCGGUGGCUGAGAUCGAAAAGCAGCUAGCCCUCCACGAGCUGACCCCUUCCACCACCUACCACAUCCAGCCCGCCUGCGCCAUCAUCGGCGAGGGGCUCACUGAGGGCAUGGACAAGCUCUACGAGAUGAUCCUGAAGCGGAGGAAGUCCCUCAAGCAGAAAAAGAAGCGGUAGAACCCCCGCCGACGCGGGAAGGGAUGGGGAAGCAGACAAAGAAACCCGGGGGGAGAGAGAACCAAAGCAAUCAUUUUAGCUUUCUUUUUUUCCUCCUUUUUUUCCUUUUUUUUUUUUUUCCCCUUCUUUCCACAUAAAAAGACAAUAGUGGUGAUAACAAAGCUGCUCCCGCCAGCCAAGCCCAGCUCCCAGGCGAGAGCGAGGAUCUACCUUCUCCACCGCCCCUUCCUGCGGACCGCCUUCAGGGCUGGGCCCGACCUUCCGGGCCCCGGGCUGGGCUGGGGACGUGCCCACGGGGCCUGACCCCGCUGUCCUUCGAGACCACCGGGCUUUUGCGUACCAGGGACGAACAGGGCAGGAACCUGUUGAAGUGCGUUUGAGAGAAGGCCACCCGGCUUUUUAACGUCCAUUUUGGGAGUGGGGGUGCAGC